AUGCCGGAAGGCGGGAAGGGGGCCCUGCCGCCGCCGCCAUUUUGCGUCUGCUCUGGCAGGAUGAGGCAGGCUCAGGUGUCUGCGCUCCUCUGCGUUCUCUCGCUGUUUCUGGCGGCUGCCUUUAAGCUAAACGUUCCCAAAGUGUUGCUGCCUUUUAGUCGGGAGCUCCACGUUCCUUUUGUGCUAGAGGCUGAGGGUGGCUGUUACUCUUGGUACUCCACUCAUCACGAUAUAGUCAACGUUGAGCCCAUUUAUGGUAACAGUACCAUUUGUUCACAAAAAGCGUUGCUGUCCGCUCAGUCUUCGCAAGCCACAAAGUUAAGCAGCGUUGUGAUAGCUGAGGAACGCGUGACAGGCCACUUACUUCGCUGUGAUGUCAUUGUUGAUGUGAUAGAUAGUAUUGAAAUUGUCUCCCGAACUCGAGAGAUCUAUGUGGAAGACUCUCCGUUGGAACUAACUGUGAGAGCUCUGGAUGUUGAAGGAAACACAUUCAGCAGCUUGUCAGGAAUGACUUUUGAGUGGAAUAUUGCAAAGGAUGAGAACAUGGAAAGUUUAGAUCUUUCAAACAGAAUAAGGAUUUUAAGAUACUCAGAAGCUGAGUACUCUCCACCAGACUACAUUGUUGAUCUGGAAAGAGCAGAAAAACAGGGAGACAGGAUCCUAGUGUCAGGAAUCAAAACUGGUGCAGCAAUUAUAAAAGUCCGAAUACAGGAAUCAAUUUAUAAGCAUUAUGAGCUCGAACUUCGUGAUCAAGUUGUUGCACCUGGUGGGUCUGACCUUCUUCCAGUGGCCAGCCUGGAGGCCAAGACGGCCACCGUGAGAGCAGUGCAGUUAGGACAGAGUAAUCUCGUCUUUGCUCAUAAAAAUAUUCACAUGCGAGCUGCAUCUGGAUUUCCAAAUUGCACUAUCUAUGUUGUAGAAGCUGGAUUUUUAGGUUUCACUGUCUAUCCAGGAGACCGGUGGAUUCUAGAAGUGAAGCGAGAGUAUGCGAUCACUGUAGAAGUUUAUGAUAAAGACAGCACUAAAGUUUAUUUAUCCGAUAACCUGAGAAUAACUCACCAGUUUCCUAAGGAAUAUUUUGAAGAGUUCAUGUCUUCUGAUAAUGGUUCUUACCAUAUGGUUCAGGUUCUAAAAAAUGGCAUCACAGGGAUAAAAGCCGAACUGAUUUCUGUACUUCUACAGGAUGGGUCUGAGGCUUAUUUACCUGUGCCAGUCCAGCAUGAACAAGAAGUGAAGAUUUACCUUCCCAUCAAGCUGACACCAUCUUACCUUGCAUUUCCUUAUCAUCCCACAGAAGUCUUGUAUCGAUAUAAAGUUCAGGUUGAAGGAGGCAGUGGCAAUUUUUCAUGGAUUUCUUCUGAUCAAACUGUGGUCACCGUCACCGUAAAAGGAGUCGUUACUGGAGGUUUGAUCCAGGGGCGCUGCACUGUUCAAGCUAGGGAUGUACAGAACCCCUUUCACUAUGGUGAAAUACAGGUGUAUGUGGAGUGGCUGACAAAGAUGGAACUUCUGCCAUUUCAUGCAGAUAUUGAGAUUGGCCAAGUUUUGGAAGCUCCUCUCAAGAUGUAUUUCACGGACAGAGAAACACAAGAGAACGUUGCCUUUACUGACUGUUCUCUCUUACUUUUGGACAUAAGCAUGGAAAAGCAAGGAGUCUUUGUCCUUGCUGAAGACGGUAAUCAGAAGCCUGGUCAGACAUUCUGCUCCAGCUUCCUAUUAGAAGCAAAAUCCUUGGGAUACACAUUAGUGACAGCAAGUGUUACAGUAUACCAGCACUAUUUUGAAACAAGUGCCACGUUUGCUGCUUAUGAACCUCUGAAGGCUGUAAACCCGGUAGAGUUGGCUUUGGUGACUUGGCAGUCAGCAAAGGAGAUGAUAUUUGAAGGUGGGCCAGGACCGUGGAUUUUGGAGCCAUCUCGUUUCUUCUCGGAACUAGCUGUGGAGCAUGAGGAAAAAAUUGAGGUCGUAGAAGUCCGACUUCCAAUGAAAAGGAAAGUGAACCAGUAUGUUUAUUGGGUUGUAUGCCUGGAGUUGGGGGAACAGGUUCUCACGUUCCGAGUAGGCAACCAGCCAGGAGUCCUGAACCCGAGUCCUGCUGUGGACGUUAUUCAGGUGACAUUCGUUUGUGCUCAUCCUGCAAGUAUGUCUGUGACUCCGGUGUAUGAAGUAGCAGUAGAUAUUCCACCUUGUCCCGUGCCACGACACAGCAAACAACUGAUCCCCAUAUCCAGUUUGAGGAAUACAGUUUUGGAGCUGGCUAUGUUUGAUCAACAACAGCGACAGUUUGACAACUUCAGUUCUCUGGUGCUGGAGUGGAAAUCAUCCAAUGAAAUCCUCGCUGGCAUUUCUGAUCCUACAGCCAUGAAGAUGGUGGCCAAAGAUGGGGGGACUGGACAGACCAGGCUGCAUGGGCAUCAGCUUCUUGAAGUGCACCAAAUCAAAGGAACUGUUCAGGUUGGAGUCAGCUUUGUGAAAUAUGCAGCAAGAGGUAGCCCAAAAGAAGUGUCUGACUUGCUCAUCUCUGUUUCUGUGGAGUUCUUGUUGGUGGAAGAUGUGACAGUUGUGCCAGAUAAUGUCACUAUAUAUGAUCAUCCUGCUGUAAAGGAGCUAUUUGAUCUAGUGGAAGGAUCUGGAUACUUUCUGGUCAACAGCAGUCAGUAUGGAAUAGUAAACAUGACAUAUUUGGAGGCGGAAAGUGCCAGUGAGGUCAUCCCUUUGAUGCCUGGAUUUUUAAGCCUGGAAAUCUAUGAUCUCUGUUUGGAAUUCUUGGGACCAGUUACAGCCUAUCUGCGGGUCUCUGACAUACAUGAGUUGGAGGUGGAUCUCAUGGACAAGCUCGAGAUCGGCAAGUCUCUUCUUGUUACUGUUAGAGUCCUGGGUUUUGAGCAGCUUCCAUUCCAGAGUAAAUACUUCAAGUACAUGAAGCUGAAACUGCAAGCAGCGUCUCCUAUUGUUACACUUGUGCAAAUGGAAGAAGUGGACGAGUAUUCUGAAGUUUACAUGCUCCAAGCUGUUGCUGUCGGACAGACAACUGUGGUAGCUACAGCCUGGAACAAAAUGGGAAGGAAGUUUACUUCUCCUCCUCGGAAAGUUGAAGUCUUUCCACCAUUUAAACUGGUUCCAAAGAAAAUUAUGCUUAUCCCACAAAAUAUGAUGCAGGUGAUGUCAGAAGGUGGUCCCCAGCCACAGUCCAUCAUCCACUUCUCUAUCACUAACCAUUCUGUGGCUGAGGUUAACAGGCUUGGACAAGUAACUGCAAGGAGAGUUGGAACAGCCACAAUACAGGGUGCUAUUCAGGCUGUUAGUGAAGACACAGGAAAAAUUACUGUUUUUUCACAGGAUGAAGUGGAAUUAGAAGUAAUUCAGUUAAGAGCAGUAAGAAUCCAUGUUCCUGUCACAAGACUUAUAACAGGCACUGAGAUGCCAGUCUACGUGAUGGGACUGAGCAAUUUGCUGAAUCCAUUCUCCUUUGCUAAUGCUAACCCGGAGCUGAUAUUCCAAUGGUCAGUGAGCAAAAGAGAUGUCCUGGACCUUCUUUCUCGACAAACGGAGGUUUCUGUUCAGCUUCCAUCAGAGAGUAAUUUUGCUAUGGUCAUAUAUACAAAAGCAGCAGGUCGAACCACUGUUAAAGUGACGGUGCAGUGUCUGAACGCGUCUGCUGGGCAGUUUGAAGGAAACCUCACCGAGCUGUCAGAUGAAGUGCAAAUCAUGGUAUUUGAUAAGCUGCUACUAUUCUCUCCUACCUUUUCCACUCAGCAAAUUUUGAUGUCUACAAAUUCCCAACUUAGGCUGCUCACAAACAGGGAAGGGGCUGCAUUUGUGAGCACUCAAAUCUUGCAGUGUUACCCCAACUCUUCUGUCCUUGAGGAACAUGAUCAGGGUCUCCUGAGGGCCGGAGCUGUCACAGGCACUGCGGUGUUGGAAGUGACUUCUCUAGAACUCUUUGCAAUCAACCAGACAGUCAUAACUGGUGUCCAGGUGGCACCUGUGACCUACUUAAGGAUAAGUGUCAGUCCCAAAUUGUAUACAAGCAACAGCGUAUCACUGCAUGCACUUCCCCUUGGAAUGUCCUUAACCCUUACGGUCCAGUUCUACAACAACAUCGGGGAGAAAUUCCAUGCCCAGAACACGCAGCUUUAUCUAGCCAUGAACAGAGAUGACUUGCUACUCAUUAGACCUGGGAAUAAGAAUUACACAUACAUAGCUCAGACUGUGAACAGAGGAGUGACGCUGUUGACAAUCCAGGAUGAGAAGCGCCAAGGGGUGGCAGACUAUAUCCCUGUGCCUGUGGAGUAUGCCAUCAAGCCAAAUCUCUCAAAAUCCAUUGCCAUAGGAGAUGUCAUCUGUUUCAGCUCCCCCCUUGUCACCCAGGAUGGUGAACCUGGGAUGUGGCACAUUUCCCCCACGGAUAUGCUUGAAAUAGACCCUGUGAGUGGAGCAGCAUUUGUGAAAAAUACUGGAACAGCAACAAUCUUCUAUGAGAUCCCAGGGAUAGAGAAAACAUAUAGAGAGAUAAUUGUCAAUGGUUCCUCAAGAAUAAGUCUCCAGAUAGGUCAGAAAAACUAUUUAACAAAUAUUCCAGAUUCUUCUGCAUUCCAAGUUCUUGUUGCCACAAGCAGCGGAAGAGAAACCCUGAAGGGCCCUUGCAGCUCUCUCCAGUUCAGUGUAAUCACAGAUCACCUUCACCCAGAGUCGUGCUUGGUAUGUCAAGUAGAAUUCAGCAAUAAUGCAUUAGAUGUAUCAGCAAGUGAAGUAUUUCUUGUGCGGUCAGAGUUCAGCAUCCAGAAAGGUCUUUAUGUCUGUGUAAUCACUGCUAAGCCCCAGCCUGAUGAAGUCCUCCUGGCUCUGAGUUUUGCUGACGCCCCUGUGUUUGUGAUGGUCUCUCUCUCCAGCGGACAGCACACGGGUGAAAUGCAAAGAAUCCUAGUUCCCUUCCUCCCUGCGUUUUAUGUCAACCAGUCAGAAUUAGUUUUUAGUAUCAAAGAGCUAAACGGCAUGCUAAGAGUGCUGGGAGCUGACAAAGUGUUAGAAAGACUGGAGGUUCAGUCCAGCUCCCCUGCUAUAGUAGUGAGGUAUCCUGAAUAUUCCCUGGACGUGCCUGGACUUGUCUCCUACCCUGUCAGCGUGGCCAACUUGAGCUCCCUCCAGCAGAGGCCAGCACCAGCCCUCAUCAACAUCUCCUGCGCUCUCACAGGCCAGAGGGUUGCGGUCCAAGUGAGAGUCCUCCCCGAGGAGCCUGCACAGGGUCAGUGCAGUGACAUAGGAAUCAUUCGACAGCUGAUGAGCUCUUACCAGAUUCUUCUCUUCACUCUUUUUGCUGUUCUAGCAUCAACAGCUGUUAUCUUUCUCACAUACAACGCUUUUUUGACCAGAGUUCAAACAGUGCCUAUUGUGUACGUUCCUGCCUCUCCUGCAUCUCAGACAGCUUCCAUCUCCUACAGGUUCCCCACCUGGAAGAAGCAGGACUCAGCUGUGGCUCUGGAGUGUGCGGAGAUAAACUACAUGUGCAGCACUGAACACUGA